UUUGACCUCCAGUAUAAAUGUCAUACGUGUACAGUGUAAACGUUUUCAGAUUGAAACAUCACGCAAAAACUUUAUGUGCUUGAUCUAGACAUGGAUAACAGUAAUAUCUUAAUCCGUGAUGCAAAACCCGAGGAUUGCGAUCAAAUUAUCACUCUUAUACAGGAGCUGGCAGAUUUUGAGAAAAUGCCUAAUGGUCCCAAAAUUAGUGCAGAUGUACUACGGAAAGACGGCUUUGGCGAGGAGAAGAUGUUUAGAUGUUUGGUUGCAUGUGAUGGUGACUGUCUUGUUGCAUACGCUUUAUACUUCUUCAAUUAUUCCACGUGGGAGGGUGUUAAUUUGUACCUAGAAGAUUUGUACGUGACACCGGCCUAUAGACAUAGAGGAAUCGGUACCAAGUUAUGGCGCAACGUCGCCCAAGUCGCUGUUGACCGGAAGUGCAACAGACUGGACUGGGUAUGCUUGGGUUGGAAUAAACAAUCUAUAGAAUUAUAUAAAUCGAAAGGCUCUGUAAAUCUUACGUCGGAUGAAGACUGGAACUUGUUUAGACUAAGUGGGGAUAACCUUCGUGCAUUUGCGAAUAAUACUCAGUAAAAACUUUUGAUUUUAAUAAAACUGACGGAUAUAUGCUAAUUUAUUACAACACGCGCUACUUUCACUGCAAUUUAAAAAUAGCUUCUGAUAUGUUAUAUAUAUUAAAGUAAAAGAACUUU